CUCGAAGCAACCCGCCAUCCUAUUGGCCGGAGCGGCCCCUGUCUCCCGCCCCUCCCUGGGGCCAGCGGUUAGCCGCCGUUGUGGAAGCCAGAGCGCCGCGGCUGCUGUCCUGGCUGAGGGGAGCGCGGCCGCCUCCAGAGCCGCCAGGGGCCCCGCGGGGCCGGUGGAGCAGCCGCCCCACGCCACCAUGGUCCCCGCGGAGGGGAGCCCGGGCGGCCGAGGGGACGCGGCGGGAGACGGCGGCUUCCUCCUGCUGCGGGCCCCGGAGAGCGGCAGCGUCCGGAAGCAGGGCUGUGAUCCCUUUGCACAGACCCAGCGCAGCAAACUGCAGCACCGCCGCGCACGAAUUAACCAACAGAUCAACAAGGAGAUGAGAAUGCGAGCUGGGGCAGAAAACCUCUUCAAGGCCACAAGUAAUCACAAAGUAAAAGAAACAGUAGCCUUGGAGCUUAGCUAUGUUAAUUCCAAUCUGCAAUUGCUGAAGGAAGAACUAGAAGAACUGAACAGCUGUGUGGAUGUAUACCAGAAUGACAGUGAAUCUAUCAGCGUCCCUAUGAUUCCUUUGGGGCUAAAGGAGACUAAGGAAAUGGAUUUAAUGGCCCCAUUAAAGGAUCUCAUCUGUGAACAUUAUGGAGAAGAUGGCAUCUCAUUUGAAAAGGAAAUCAAAGAGCUCAUGGAGCUGCGGCAGGCCAUGCGGACUCCCAGCCGGAACGAGGCGGGGCUAGAACUUCUGAUGGAAUAUUACAACCAGCUUUACUUUCUUGACAACAGAUUCUUCCCUCCCAAUAAAAACUUGGGCGUCUUCUUUCACUGGUAUGACUCGCUAACUGGAGUCCCUUCUCAUCAGCGUGCUCUGGCUUUUGAGAAGGGAAGUGUGCUCUUCAACAUUGGAGCUCUGCACACUCAGAUUGGGGCACGACAGGAUCGCACAACCCUGCAAGGAGUCGACCGGGCUAUAGAUGCUUUUCAAAAGGCAGCUGGUGCCUUUAACUACCUGAAGGAGAACUUCUCCAACGCCCCUAGCCUGGACAUGAGCACUGCCUCGCUGAACAUGCUUGUGCGACUGAUGAUUGCGCAGGUGCAAGAGUGUGUCUUUGAGAAGGUCACCCUGACCAGCGCCCAGAAUGACUUCUUCACUCAGCUGCAGAUUGCACAAGAAGCAGCCAGGGUUGAAGAAGUCUACUCGUUGGUGCAUCAGACCAUGACCCAGGCUCACGUGAAGGAUUAUGUACCUUUCUCAUGGGCCACCAUGGUCCAUGUCAAGUCUGAGCAUUUCAAGGCCCUCUCCCACUACUAUGCUGCCGUUGCACUUUGUGACUGCCCCUCCGUCUCUGAAGCUGACUUCCCAGAACAAGAAAAGGCUUUUGUCCAGUUUCACGUCACCAUGCCAGAGGGACCAUCGCUUCAUCUUGUGCUGCAAGACCCGGAGGAGCGAAGGAAACUGGGCAAGGCUCAUUUGAAAAAAGCUAUCAUGCGACACGAAGAAGCCAUGAGGAUCCAUAGCCUGUGUAAGAUCCUGAGGAAGAUGGACAUCCUCCAGGAGGUCCUCUCCUUCGCUCACAAGCGCUCGCUUAGCAAAUACUCAGAAAUCGAUCACGAGGAAGACUUCUUCGAAACCGGAGAUGCUCCUGACAUUCAUCCCAAAACGAAUCAGAGACCGGAAAUAAAAUCUCCCAACUUCUCCCAAGUGAAGGUGACGGACAUCUUCCAUAGACUGGGCCCUCUGUCAGUUUUUUCAGCCAAAAACAAGUGGCGCCCUGCACGGCGAGCUCAUCUGGCCAGAGGAGAAAAUGGCUUUGGGUUGACGCUCCGAGGGGAUUCCCCUGUCCUGAUUGCGGGAGUGAUACCUGGGGGCUGUGCAUCCGAAGCCGGGCUAAAGGAAGGAGACUACAUAGUCUCUGUGAACAGCGAGGACUGCAAGUGGUCCAAGCAUGCUGAGGUGGUGCAGCUGCUGAAGAGCGUCGGGGAAGAGGGUGUAGACAUUGGCGUGGUAACCCUGCAGAGUUCCGAUGGACAGAACGUUGUGGACAGGAGGUUGGUGGCUAUGUCAUCGGGGGGCGCACUGCUGAAGAACAACAAAGAGAAUAGCAGGAAGAGCCUCAUGAACAGCAAGAGCGCCAGCACCCUGCUGGCCUGGAGCAAGAAGAGUAAACGGAGCAAGAGCAGCACCUACAGCCUUCCCUUCACCACUGUGGGAGACGAGUCCAUGUACUGAACCCUCGGCCUGGCUGGGUCCCGGCUUAUUGACGUUAACUCUUGGCAUUGCUGGGGAGCAGGAGGAGAGAGCAGCAGCUACAUGGCACUGGGAGCUACGCUGGUGUCGUUGCAAUCAGUUCUUCUGGCCCUGAGGGAGGAGAAGACUCCAGAGCUGAUCCUUGGUGCCUGAGGAGCAUGGCAUCGAGCUGGAUUCUUUCCUAGCAGAGUGGGCUGACAGGUGUAGCGCUCUCGUUGCUGGUGACCAGCAGGCGCCUCCAUCUGAGCUUGCAUGUAAAAAGUCCUCCGCUGAAUGGUUUGCGGGAGGGACUGUUGGUUUGUUUUUUCUGGCUCAUACUCUAGUACCAAGACGGCCUUCUCACCGGCAGUAGUAAGUGCCGGUAUAGUCAACACCAGCAGGCAAACCAAAAGCUGUGAAGUUCUGUACUGUCUCUUAGGCCUUGUAAAAAUCCUGUGCACAUGGAUGCCAACUUAGCCAAGGAGCACAUCAGCGUGAAUACACAAAGCAGGAAAUGUGUAGAAUUUUCUCAACUUUUCUCAGCCAAAGGGCGAGGAGUGAGACAUUGAGAUCCAACAUGAACUGAUUGUUGGUACGUCUGAGGAUUUCUAUUCCAGUGGGGCCUCCUGCCAUCCACCCCAAGGUGGACAGAAAUAGCAGGCCAUGAAUAGCAGGCCACUACUGAGUGCAGAGAACAUAGAGACUGUCUCCAGCCGCUCUGCGGUGGACUGGGGAAGAAAUUAGAAGUGUAUUUUCUAAAAACACUAAAGGAAUGUUAAGGUUGCCAAGUGAAGCUCUGAAGUCAGGGAAGUCAGUGUUUCAGUUGGACAGGGAACCUUAACUGAGCCCCCUUGUGCACAAGCAUCAUGGUAGGAGCUUGAGGCACAUUUCACAUCCUACUAUGUCUGCUGGUCUCCUGCUUCAUUUAGUGCACAGGGUGAGAGCGCGCACAGAAGAUGGAGUGCUGAAUUUACAUGCUCAGAUUAGGUGAUUCAAAUGAUUUUCCAGACAACUUUCCCGAAGCACAGCUUUGCACGUGUAUUUGGUUGCUCCUUCUGGUGCAAAUUUUACAAUCUCAGUAGCAUGACCCCAGAUCUUGAAUGCUUAUGGAUCAGUGUCCUAACACAUAAAGGACAGAGCAGGAGGGAGAGCUCAGUGGUAUGAGCAUUGGCCUGCUAAACCCAGGGUUGUGAGUUCAGCCCUUGAGGGGGCCACUUAGGGAUCUGGGGCAAAAUCAGUACUUGGUCCUGCUAGUGAAGGAAGGAGGCUGGACUCGAUGACCCUUCAGUGUCCCUUCCAGUUCUAGGAGAUCGGUAUAUCUCUAUUAUUAUUAGCAGCUCAGCUCUCAUUUCGCUCCAGGUCGAUAGAAUCGUAGGACUGGAAGGGGACUGCGAGGUCAUAUAGUCCAGUUCCCUGCACUCGUGGCAGGACUAAGUAUUAUCUGUGAAUGUGAAAUGAGUGUUUCACAUGGGUAACACACAGCCCUCAAGUUGUCAGUAUUGAGACUCUAGAGGAAAUGGGUUAACUAACCAUCUGAUCAGAGCAGAAGCCAUAUCCUGCUCUCCAGAUAUGUGCCACUCUUGUUCAGUGGUUCUGGAUCAAGUUCCAAGUCAUUCAGAGUGGUGUGCAGCUUGAGGGGGCAGAGUUUGGUCUGUGCACCCAAAAAUCCUGUUGUCACUGAGACUAUCGGGUGCACAAGCAAUGCUGGCUCGGUCCCCACUUCAGCAAAGCACUUAAGCAAGAUCCAGCACAGACUUAAACGUGUUUUUAAGCACUGUUCUGAAUCAGGGCUGGGUGCAUGACUGUAAUGGAUACAUAGCUGUCUGUCAGCUGUUCCACAGGCACCCGGCCAGGGCAUAACCUGCUCCUCUGUAUGAAAGGGAAAGAUGCAUCCACAUAGUCAUUGUCCUUUUCCACCAGCAGAGAUGGAUCCACUAACAACCAAAGGGCCUCCUGCUUCUGUGUGAAGUUAAAAUUCCAAGCAAAUAACUCCUCUAAAUCAUUAAACUACUAACAUUUGCCCUGGUAUUGGAUCUCAUGCACACUGCUAAUAUCCUAAUUCUGUGCUGCCAGCAUUCUUAAUGGUGCUGAGCUGAACGAUGCAUACAGCUUAACAACUGUGCUGUCGCUGCUGGAAAAAUCAGAAGACUAUAUACAUUAUGAACAACGUUAGUUUUCAGUCCCAUUUCUGUAUUGUGUGUUCGGGUCUUUUGUGGAGGCUGUCCAGUCUUCUUGAGUGCGUGAUUGCUGUUGGUAGGUAUAAAAUACCCUUCAGAGAUGUAAUUGUAUUUUUGUACAAGUAAUAGUUGGUGUCUACUUCUCCCUUUUUUUUAAAGUCACGAAUAAUUUGUAGCAAUAGUUUAAUGGGAUAAACUGAACACACAUGUCCCUUAGAUUGGUAGCAGAAUAUCUUCUCAUUAGCUUCCUUUGAGUUUUACUUUAUUUUGUUUCAUGCAGCACAGUGCUAAUGUGCCAAGCUGUUCAUCCUGUUUUAUUUAAAAAAAAAAAUUGGUUUCCUCCCCUGAAAAAAGGCAUUUCUGUGAAACCCGUUAGCUGCUGAUAGAUCUUUUCAUUCAUGCAUCCCCCAAUUCUCAGAACUGCCCUUGCUCUACAAGUGGAUUCAGAUACUUGCCCUCCACCUGGCUUUCUUUAACUGUUACUUGAGGACCACCUCCGUCCCAUGGUUUGUGGUGAUAAAACUUCGUACUCCAGGGCGUAAGCCAACCACUAAACUGGCUGAAGUUAGGAAUCUUCCCCUAGGGGACAGUUACUUGAUACUUGUCCACUAAGGGAUUUCUUGCACCUUCCUCUAAAGCAGCUGGUACUGGCCACUGUCAGACUGGAACUGAACCAUCUAGUACAGAACCCGGGGUAAACUUCCCAGCCACCAAGUGAUAAACUUAAUGGGGAGACACCAUCGUGGGUUUAAAUAGAAAUCAGAGCUUCAAGCUUAGAAAUGGUAGGAAUUUUUAAAUAUCUUGUUUUUGCUGCCAUAACUGAGGCCUCUGAGCCAGAGACUUAUUUAUUUAAAGCAAUGUGUAUGACUGCAUAUCGCAUUUGUAUCCCCAGAUGCUUAUGUUUACAUCAUCAGGUUUGUGGGGUUUUUUUUUUAACAUGCAUUCUGCAUCUUUCUAACACUGGUGGUUUUUAUUUGUAUGUUGACGCUCACCUUUCAAUGAUUAUAAAAUACGGAUUU